AUGGGCGCGAAUACUGGGGAUGUCGACGAUCACGGUUCCGGGUUGAACCUGUCAUGUGUGGCUGUCUGCAAUGCUUCGGAUAUAUCCGAGCCUUCAAUAGCGAAAGGUGAUCUUAAAGGCGACUUGCAAACAAUAGACUCGAAUUAUUUCAAGAGCGCAGAAUGGACACCGGACGGGACAUCAGUAAUAACUACAUCUGCGGAUAAUCAUAUUAGAACAUUCAUCCUGCCGCCAGAUCUCCUCGAGGAUAGAGAAUAUCCCCUGGACUUGAAGCCAUAUUCAACACUUCCUUCUAUGGAACCAGUAUACGCGACUGCAAUAUAUCCGUUUUUCAAUCUCCAGGACCCUUCAACUACGCUAAUUCUAUCCUCAGUUCGAGAUCACCCUAUAAGACUCUCAUCAGCAUUAGCACCUCAAAGACUGGGCACAUACUCUCUGAUAAAUCCGUCAACCGAGGCCUUCAUUGCACCCCAUUCGAUUAUAUAUCCCGCACAUCUCGGAGGCACUCAAUUCAUUACAGGAUCAGAUUCUCUGAUAUGCAUUUUCGACGUUUCUCGCACCGGAAAUGAGGGCCCAAUUACUCGGUUGCCGACAAUCCCAAGCAAGCGGAAGCAAAUCGUCGGUGGCGGUGUCGGGAUGAAGGGAAUCAUUUCCACACUUGCCAUGAAUCCUGCCCAAGAUGGAAUACUAGCUGCUGGUACCUUCACUAGAAACAUUGCUUUAUAUGGCUCUAGAGGAAGUGGCGAACUCAUUGGGACAUUUAGUAUUGCCAAGUCGCAAGCUGAUAGAAACAUAGGAGGUACAGGGAUUACGCAGCUGUUAUGGAGUCCUUGUGGCAGAUAUUUGUAUGUGGUUGAGCGCAAAAGUACAGGCAUGUUGGUCUACGAUAUACGGGUCACUGGUCAACUGCUGGGAUGGCUUGAGGGGCGAGAAGCGAUUAGCAACCAGCGGAUGAAAGUAGAGGUUAUUGCCGUAGAUGAUGACGGCUCGCAUGAACUAUGGGCGGGCGGAACAGACGGUAUAGUGAGGAUGUGGAAGAACCCUCAUACCACGGUUGGCGGGCACGAGCCAAACUUCUCAUCCAAGAUUCAUGAUGAUCCCAUAACUAGCUCGGUGUUUCAUCCAGGUGGCAGUGUAUUAGCAACGUGCUCGGGACAAAAACGAUUCCCAGAUUACGAUGACGAUGGAGUCCAGCAACCGAUUCAAACGAGGAAUGAUGAUAGUUUGAAAAUUUGGGCACUUUGACGCGGAUCUGUAAUCGACAAUGACGAUAGCUAUGCAUUUUAAUACUUUGAAAGCGGGACCACAGGCUCCUUUGCCUCAGCGACUGGCAAUGGCAAUAUCCGAGCGGAACUUUUGGCCUCGUGUAGGCCAUUACAUCUCAAUAAUUGCUUGGAUGCGGCCAGGCCAAGCUUUCGUACUCCGAUCGUCCCUGAGAUAGGGCUAAGUUAUCUGAUAAGCUUUCUUCAAAGCUUAUAGAAACUAAGCCUCUCUACUUUUGGCCGUCCAAUGGAUCCAUUAUAUUCAGUCUUGCUGCCGAUUCAGGUCUGCACUAACUUGAAAAUCAGUGGAUCAAGGUUCUGCAGGCUUGCUUCAGUUAUGGAUUUCCAGACAUCACCAUGACAUUUGAAUAAGCGUACCCAGGUAGUGAGUCCGAUACCAUAUUGCUAAGACAUCAACAA